AUGGUUGAGGGCAGGCGGCUGAGAGGGGGGGGGGGACAGAGGGUGGGUGCGGGCGUCGAUGCGUCCACACAGUCGGAAUUUGUCUUGGAGAAGGCCCAGGGCAAGGUCCACAGGGUGGCCAAGCUAGCGGGUCGAGCGGGUAAUUGGCUCAUCAGCAAGCCUCCCAGAAGACCGGCUCCAGCCAGCCCCUCUCCUCCAAUUCAUCCCUCGCAUCCUUGUCGUGCGCCUCCCACGUCUUCCUUGACGUACCCUGGAACCGAGCGCUCACGUAUCAUCACCGCGGCCCCAAAGCAAGGCUCGUCGGUAGAGAAGACGCUGCUGUCGCUACUGCCGCUGCUGGAGGACCACCACAACAACGAUAAAAACAACAACAAAACAAUCACAAACCGACGACCGCGCGCCCGGGCAGAAGACGGUUGCUCCGGAGCGAGGCCUAGCGCGCGCCGUCAUGACCGAUCAUGGGUCAAGAACGAGAACACGUCGAGAUGGCAGCCGAACCCCAGCCUUCACUCUUCGCAGGGCCCGCCAAUCAUGUCCAGCACACACGGUGAGCUGUCCGAACUUGUUGCUCCCACACCACCAACUCUCCGCCAUGGCAAGAUUGCUGCGUGUUCGCACAGCGCAGCUCACCAUGUGCGCGGCCGCAGCGUGCGGCGCCGGUCGUUCCAUGCUCGUGGUGUGCGGAUCCUUUGGGCGUUUCUGCACGAAUUACAUGCCUCGCUGUUUCUUGAUUGCGUUGGGGAGACUCUAGUCGCGCAGUCCUUGUGGAUGGUUUGGCGCCACAUGGAAAUAUCAUUCGGCACUGUUGGUUUUUCGACUGAAGACAAGGUUUGA